AUGACAGCUGCACAACAUGAGGUUAAGCCAAUUCUCACACCAUUUGGGAUAGAUGAAACAAGAUACUCUUCUCUGACCAAGCUGCUUAGAGUGACUGCCUACGGACAUCAAUUUAUCAAGAACAAAAAGAACAAAGCCAGGUCACAACCACAAAGGAUUACUGAAUUGACUGCUGAAGAACUCAAUGAAGCGGAACUCCUAUGGAUCAGUUCUCUACAAGGGAAACACUACCUGUCGAAUGGAAGUUUAAAUAAGAAGCAGAGCCAAAGCCAACUCAACCCGAAGAUAUAUCGAGAUGGAAUUGUCCGACUUAAUGGAAGAUUGGAAAAUUCAAGCUUACGAGAAGACACAAUAGCACUUAUUUUAUUACCUAGAGAAGAACACUUUACAAACCUCCUGAUAAAAAAAAGUCAUGCAGAUGUAUGUCAUGGCGGAGUGGCACAUACACUAGCAGAGCAACGACAAAGAUAUUGGGUACCACAUGGCCGCACUGCUGUUAAAACUACACUCAGGAAGUGUCUUACAUGCAUUCGAUAUCAAGGAGGACCAUACAAGACAAAACAGAUGUCACCAUUGCCGAAAAGCAGAGUUACUGUGUCACCACCUUUCACCAAUACAGGUAUUGAUUACUUUGGACCACUCUAUGUAAAGAAAGAAGGCCAUCAAAAGAAAGUCUGCAUUUGUCUCUUUACUUGCACAGCUGUUCGAGCCGUGCAUCUGGAAGUAGUUGAAGAUAUGUCAGCAGAAUGUUUUCUUGAUGCACUUCGUCGAUUCGUGGCAAGAAGAGGAAAACCUGAUGGGAUUAUCACUGACAACGCGAAACAAUUUAAGACAGUUCAGAAUACAACUGAUACUGCCUGGGCGAACAUCCUGGCAGAUCCAACAGUACACAGUUAUAUGAGUGAGAAACGAAUCAAGUGGAAUUACAUCAUCGAACUUUCGCCUUGGAUGGGAGGGUUCUACGAAAGACUACUCGGGACUACAAAGAUGGCAUUAAAGAAAAGCAUUGGUAAGCUUCAUUUAACGUCAAGACAAUUACAAACCAUCAUCACUGAAAUGGAAGGAGUAGUCAACAGUCGACCACUAGUUUAUAUAGACAACGACAUAGAGAACGAAGUGCUAACACCUGCACAUUUCCUUUCACUGAAUCCAAAAACUGGAACACCGAUACUUAAAGAAGCUGACGAAGAUGACGACAGAGAUGACCCCAACUACCAGAACGAAGAAAUGUACAGCGCGAAAAAAAUAUUAGAAACAUGGAAGAAAGGAAAUCGACACUUGGAACAGUUUUGGAAAAUAUGGAGAGAUCUAUACUUAUUAAACCUUCGAGAACGCAGUCAGAGAUUCAACAAACAGCCACGAAUGCAGAAUUUAAAAGAAGCAAAAGUCGGAGACAUAGUACAAAUUAAAGAUUCAGCACCAAGAGGCACAUGGAAGAUUGGACGAAUUGUGGAAAUGUUCAAAAGUCAAGACGGAGAGGAGAGAGCUGCUCGAAUUCUUAAGCCAAACAAAAACGUACUACAAAGAUCGAUUGUACAUUUGUAUCCACUGGAAUGUGAUGAGGACGAGAGGGACAACAAGGACCAGCGAGAUGACAAUCAACAGCAACACUUUUAA